CACGCACACAAGCUGUAUGGGUUGGGGAGAUCUACAGGUCAUACCCCAUCGAAAUGUUGACGAGUGUUUACCAUGCUGACGGGGGGACUGACAACUGACCAGGGAUAAGGUACCUACCGACCGUCCGAGCGGCUAUACAGGCAUUGCGUAUCAUGGUUGAAAACGCCGGCCCGCAGCCUUGUCAUUCAAUUGCCACGGAGCUAUCUUCCGCCUUCAUUUCGCCUCGUCUGCGCCGGCACGCGACCUCGUAGCAUAGAGACGUAGCCUUGCAGCACUCACUCCUGGAACCCUCCGUAGCAUUUCUUUGGUUGAUCAAUCCCUGCGGUACCAGAUGCUCACUUCAACCAGAUACUAAUCGAAACUAGAUGCUGAUCGGCACCGCCUGAUGGACUCUCGAGGACUCAGUGGGCGGCGCGGCGUGGGUGGGUCGCCGCAUGCCGCCAACGCGUCGCCUGCGCGAUCCGCCUCGCCAGCCCGAAGCAGCGUUAGCAGCGCGAUUCCCGGAGCUAGCCUAGUCACGUCGUCCACGUCAGCGUCCGGCGAUCCGCGGAGAGGCGGAGGUGGCGGAAGCGGGGGCUCAUCCCCCGUGCUCCGCCACGCCGCGCGCGGGCCCUCGUUCAAGUCACCGCAGCAGCGCCGCGAUUCGCGCCGCAAUCCGCUCCUGCAAAUCGGCAUCCAAUGUCUGACCACGUCCGCCGCAAUUCUCCUCUUCGCGUUACUGUUCACGGCCGACGCGAUCAUAUCUACGAUCCUAUCUUCCCCCAGUUCUUCCUCCCCUGGCUCUUCCGCCCUAUCAGUGGUCUCGGAUCCCUUCGGCUCUGUCCACGUGGCAGCCGGCGACGGGUCAGGCUCGAGGCGCCGAGCCGCAGAGUAUGAAAACGAGGCCUAUCAGAACCUCGCAGGCUCUGGCGGCGGAAAUAGCGGGCACGGGGAAAGCGGCUCUAGCGCAGGGGGAAGAGGAACCGCGGGGAAGCAGGUUGGUAGCGCAGGCGGAUGGGCUGCUGGCGGAAUCGGCGGAAACGGCGCGGCGGGGACGACAGGCGCAGGCGGACUAUCCGCGGGGGCGGAUGCGGGGGGAGGCGCGGCUGUGAGGUGGCGCGCGGAGAGGCUGCGCGUGCAGUGGUCGGGUCCGCUUAUGGGGGAGGAGGUCCAGCAGAGAGUGGCUGCUGCGACUGCGGUGGUGGCGGAUGAGAGAAAGAGGCUGAAUGCGCAGCCGUUUCAGCUGCACAUGAUGGUGCGGGCAGGGUGUGACAGUAAGGGGCUGAAGGCGCUGCUGCAGUCGCUGCAGGAUGUGAAGUAUGGCGAGGACGAGGUGCAGAUGACUGUGGCUACGACCUGCAGUGGUGCCGCAAGGACUGCACAGGAGCUCCCCUGGUUCCACGGGCCAAAGCGCAUCAUCGAGCUGUCGGGCAACAGCGAGAAGCCCACGGACCCGCUGCCCCUGUGGCUGCCCGCCUCCCCCCGCGAGUUCCUGCUCCUGCUCGAUCCCUCCUCCCGCGUCUCCCCCGGCCUCUACCCCGUGCUCAAAGCCCUCGCUCUCGCGCCCGCUGCUGCUGGCAACCCUGCCGCUUUCACUGUGGAGGCUGCUGUUGGGGGGUAUGGUGGGGGUUAUGGAGGGGAGGAGGGCGGGGGGAAUGGAGCAGGGGAGAAGGGAGGAGGGGAAAGGAGCAGCGGUGGUGAUAGUAACGGUGGGGAUACUGCUGGUGAGGAGAGCAUGGGUGCGCAUGUGUCAGGGCUGUUUGGAAUAGGUCUGGACCCGGACUCGCCGUUCUUGGCUGAAGACUCCCCCAUUAUGACGGGCUUUAAGAGGCCCGAGGAAGCCUUACUAGGGGGAGCAGGAGCUGCAGCAGGAGCAGCGGGAGGGGCGGGAGGAGCGGGAGGGGAUGUGGGGGUGGGGGUGCUGUCACUGGCAAUGGCAAGGACGUGCCAGGUGGUGUUCCCACAGCCGUGGCGGGAGUUCUGGACGUGGCACUCCCUGUCGCAGGCGCGGCAGGUGAACAGUGCGCAUGUGAAGUUCGACUGGGAUGCAUACGACUUCAGCGCCCCCUGCAGAGAAGACUGGCGAGUCAGCUUUCUGACCUAUGUGGAGGAAAACGACCUCUACAACCUCCUUCUGCGAACACUCGACCCCCAUGAGGCCGCCACCAGCCCAACCACGCGGCUCUGCUACUCCAUCGACUCCCAGCCCCCCCUCUCCUUCCCCACCGCCAUCCCCUCCCUCCUCCCCCUCCCCUCCGCCCUCCGCCUCUCCUCCUCCCUCUCGCUGCACGAGGCCACCUCCUCCCUCUCCCUCGCGCCCCUCCCCCGCGUGGACCACUGCGGGAGGGUGGUGCCCAAGGGCGAGGUGGUGUGGAGUGCGGGCGAGCUCAAGGGCAUGCUGCAGCGGAUUGCGCGGCACUCCGCAGUGGCUGGCGUCAUGGUGUCGCCGGGGUACGAUGACAUGCUCAACAACUGGGUCUGCUACGUCAAGGAGCUACAAAUCCGCAACUUCUUUAUAAUUACACAGGACCCCACACACGCUCUCUCUCUAAAGUGGCGGGGCUUCGCCGUGUAUUGCGCCGGGUGCAGUAAGCCCGGGGCAGGGGGGGAUGGGGGUGGGGCAGUGGUGAGAGAAUCCGGAGCACGAGCAGCCGCCACUGCUGAUGGCGGUGCUGCUGCUGCUGCUGCAGAGGCGGCAGGCAACGAGGGGGGAGUCUCCACUACUGCAGCGACAGGCACGGGCGCUGGUGCUGACUCAGCAACAGCAGCAGCAACAGCAGCAGCAGGAGCGGCCACUAGAAACGGAUCUGCUGCUGCAGAUUCAACCACUGUGGCAGCAGCAGCAGCAGCACAAGCAGCCGCAGCAGCAGCAGUGGGCACCAGAAGAGCAGCGUUAGACUACGGCAGCGUACCCUAUAAAGAGUUCAUCCUCGCGCGCACUAAAGCAGUUGGCGAGAUCCUUAAAGCGGGUUACAACGUGCUUCUAGCCGACGCAGAUGCCAUCUGGCUAGCAGAUCCAUUCCACUCGCUUAAAGCCCAGGGAAUCGACGUGCUAGCCCAGCUGGAAGAAAAAGGCAAUCCCUGCGGGGGGUUCCUUCUCCUUGUCCACACCCGAAAGCUUAUCGUGCUAUGGGAUUUAUUAACUGCGAUGUUCGAGCAGCACAUCGACUGGCUUAAAACGCAUCCCUCUAUAAGGGAUCCAGAGGAAUACCGCCGGUUCCUCCGCUCUCAGCAGCACAACCACGAGCAGAAGUUUUUAAACGACUUACUUAGGCAGAAGAGAUACGCGGUGCAGCUGCAGGGGCUGGACCCGCUGCUGUUUAUCAACGGGCGGGACUACUGGGACCGAAGGAAGGCGCAGAAGCUGGGAAUAACGCCGGUGAUGAUUCACAACAACUACAUCAUCUCCAAGUGGAACAAGACAAGAAGGUUCCUGAUUAAAGGAAUGUGGCGCGUCGACCACCGAGGCCAAGCGUGCAAGUGCCUGGCUCUCUCCUGCACUCGCCCCAAGGACCCCUGGUUCCUCACCAGCAACCCCACUCUGCCCGCGCCGCUAAGGGCCACUGCUGGGAUCAAGUACCCAGCGCUGCCCAAGAGGAGGAAGGGGGGGAACAUGCAGAAGGGUCAAGGAGGGACCAUCACUGCUGGAAACUCUUCCUCUGCUGCUGCUGCUGCUGCUGCUGCUGCUGGUAAUGGUGGUAGCGGUGGUACUGCUGUUGGUACGCAUGCUGGUGGUGCUGCUGGUGCUGCUUCUGGUGCUGCUGGGAGGGCGGCAAAGAUAGUGGGAAACUUGAUACGAAGCGUAGUGGGCAGUGGGAAGAAAGAUGGAGAGAAGAAAGGCGGGGAUGAGAAAAAAGCGGCAGCCAAGGGAGGGGGAUCGAAGCGUGCUAAGGCUGGUGAGGAAACAGUGAAACCAGCUAAAGAGGAGGCACAGCAGCAGGGAACAAAAAGGCAGCAAGGUGUAGGUGCAGGGACAGGAACAGGGAUAGGAACAGGGAGAGGGACAGGGGCAGGAAGAGAAGCAAGUAACGCGGCAAGGAGCUCUAAGAGCCGUGAUGCUGCAGCUGCUGCUGCUGCUGAUGCUGCUGCUGACGCCGCAGCGGCUGCUGCUCUUUCUGCUGCUGCAACGGCAGCACAGGGAAAUGAAUCACCCAAAGCAAAGGCAAAGGCAUCAAUUGGGAAGGGUCAAAGGACGGAAUCAAGCAGAGGCAAGGAGAGGAGGGCCGCAGCAGGGGAAGCGGGAGCUGCAGCUGCAAACGGGAGAGUAACUGCAGCGAUAGGUGGGAAAGGGGUAGCAAAGGGCGCGAAAGGGAAGGGGGAUACUGUAAGGGUUAGCCAAGUGGGGAGUGACAAUAAGGUGAUUCAAAAGGGGAGGCAGAGGCUGCAACAUGCAGUGAAGAGAGGAGGGAAGGGGGUGCCACGGGCGAAUGUCUAGUACAUAGGAAGGUCAGUACGCAUGUUUUUUAUUAGUCGUAAUGUGAAAGCUAAGCUGCGAGGUAUGUGUAAAGACUAGAAAGAAUGAUUAGAUGAAUGGAGGAUGGGGGAGAUAUAGCCUUUGGGUUGUACCCACUAAGAACAUACCCUAUCUAGCCUAUAACUUCUCUAUAACAAUUUAUG